GCUCGCGCUCGUCACGCGGAGAGCUCCUGCUAUAAAGUGCUCCCAAUAAAAGCGCGCCCAGGCGUCCCCUCGGAAGAAGGAGCGGUGGCGGCCGCCGCUACAGCUUCUCGACGGGAGGCAAAGGCCCAGCCCGCGCGAGGGAAGCAGCAAGAUGUUUUACUCGGGGCUGCUGACCGAGAGGAAGGACAUGGACGUGAGGGAAGCCGCGGCCCUCCGACAGCAGAGGAGGAUGAAGCAGGCCGUUCAGUUUAACCACAAGGACUCCGCCGACCUGCUGCCCUUGGACGGACUGAAAAAGUUGGGAACUUCAAAAGACACUCAACCACACAACAUUCUGCAGAGACGCCUCAUGGAAACAAAUAUGUCAAGAUUGCGGCACAGCCGAGGGACGUGCUCUCAGAAGAACGAUCUCUCAGUUCAGACAAAUAAACUGAACCAAAUGAAACUGGAUAGUCCCUCCAAGACAGAGGAAGAGGACCUCAUUCUCAUACGCUGCCAGUGUGCUGGGAAGGAAUUUCAAGUUGUGGUUGAUACUGGAUGCCAACGCAAUAUAAUUUCAUCUGCGUGUUUGGAGAGAUUAGGGCUAAAAGAGCAUAUGAAAUCCUACAAAACGGAAGGUGAAAAGAUUUCAUUGCCACAUAAUAUGAAAGUGAUUGGUCAUCUGGAACAUCUGCCUCUUACAAUGGGGACUGUCCAUGUAGAUUGUUCUGCAGUUGUUGUGGCUGAAGGUAAUGAGAAAAGCUUCUCCCUCGGAUUACAAACACUGAAAUGUUUGAAGUGUGUGAUAAACUUGGAGAAACAAAAUCUGAUCCUGGGGAAGACAGAUAAGGAAGAAAUUCCUUUUGUCAGUAAUGCUUCUAUUCAUGAAGAGAACACUUCUGAUGCAUGAAGAGAAUAUAGUGCUGGCUUUGGAGAAAGAGAAGUACUGUGUGGUUGAAUCAGAAGAUCUCAAUACCAAUAACUUCAACCUGCUAGACUACAGCUAGACUGUAGCUAAAUGAAACAACAGCUAUUUUUCAGGAGUUUAGGACAGCUUCAGAUUUUCAUUUAUCAUGCUGAAAAUCUGGAUAAUGAUGUAUAAAUGGACAUCUGAGUCCAGUCUUAAAAAUGGUGUUCUGAAUAUGGCCGUCCAAGUAUGAAAACGUUUAUUUUUCCAGACUCUACUGAAACCUAAUUUUUGUUACAAAUGGAUUUGUGAAAUAAACUGCCUCCUGCAAAAUUGGGGAUGGGGUUGGAUUUUGUAAUUUUCUUUUGGAACCAGUUGUGUUUAGCUGCAAUGAAUGACUUCUGGUAAUCAACUUUAAAGAACAUACUUUUCAGUGAAUAAUAAUGAAUUAUUUGACAUUACUGGAUGAGAGAAAAAUGGCCUGUUUGCACUGAAGAGCUUUCAUCUGAACAAUACCACAGGUUGUGGAGGAUUUUUUUUUAUUCAGAGGAUUAGAGUUUGCAUAAUGGUUGAUUGUAGUAAUACAGCUUGAUCUAGAGUUCCCGUUGAGCAGCAUUCUAUUUAUGAAAUGGUUUUUUGGGGGGACAUGGAAGGAGGCACCAUUUUCACCAAUUCGUCCCCUCUCUUCCAAGUUCCAAAGAAUUGGUGGGCUUUCCAGAGUAGUAUGUGAUAGCAGGGGGGAGUUUGGGGUCUUCAGGGAAGAAUCUACAAAAAUCACCUUGCUAAUUUCUUCCAGUAGCAGCUUCACAGAUAUCUUCCCAUAAAUAGAAAGAACCCUUCUAUUCUCAGAAGGGUUACUUUGAAUCAAGUCCUAUGUAUUUUUCAAAUGUAUGUAUUUCUCAGAAUUUUCAGAACUUUCCUUCCAUAUGAAAUGUUGAUGUUAAUAGAGAGAGAUUGGAAGCCAGAUUUUAUUUUUUAAAUCAUAACACGGCCUUGAAGAGAAUUUCAGUAUCUGCUAGUUUCAGUGCUAAUAUUUACUGUACGAUUAUCAUAUGCUAAUUUUGCUACAUAACAAUACGUUGCUAAAUUUGAGAACUCAAGUAGUCCCUUUUUUGUUUGUCUACUAACAUUCCAGAUUUAAAUAUGGAUGCAUCAUUUUAAUGGCAAGGUACUUGAUCAUUUGUAUCCAUCACAGUGUUCCACUUAUUGCUAGUAAUUUUUUCCCAA